AUGGAAAAAGACAUUUCCCUGGAGACAGUUGAGCGUGCCGAAGGCCAGAUGGGACUUUCCACACCGUUGACCGAGGACGAGCGCCGAUGCGAGCGAAAGCUGAAAAUGAAACUGGACUUCAUCAUCCUUCCAUUGCUGUCCACAGUCUACUUCUUUGCCCAAAUGGGCCGAUCUGACGUGGGCAAUGCUAAAAUAGCUGGAAUGGACAAAGAACUUCAUCUCUCAUCACAGCAAUACUCAAACAUUGCCAGUAUAUUCAACGUCGGAUACUUGGUAUUCCAGCUGCCGGGCACUUUAUUGGUACGCAAGAUAGGACCUCCUUAUCAGUUCGGCGGAGCUAUGAUGGCUUGGGGCAUGGUAACUGCCUGCACCGUCGCCGUACACAGCUAUGCGUCCCUUAUGGUCAUAAGGGUCUUCGUCGGUGUCUGUGAAGCCUUUGUGCAGGGCGCGGUCUUCUAUCUCUCUUUCUGGUACCCCUACAACGAACUUGCCACUCGAGGUGCUAUAUUCUUCUCCACAGCGGCAUUGGCAGGGGCAUUCAACGGACUCAUUGCCUAUGGUGUAGAGACGGACCUUCAAGGCGCCAAUGCCUGGAGCGCGUGGCGAUGGCUGUUUCUCAUCGAAGGAAUUCUUCCGAUUGGAUGGGCCUUUGUAGUCGUGACUUUUCUCCCUCCGACCCCAGAGAAAGUGAGGUUCUUCUUCAGCGAAGAGGAGAAGCAUCUGAUCGUCAAGAGAAGCCGGAUCGCUCACAACACCGGAGAAUCGAAGAUCAGGCCAAAGUUGAUCUUAAACGUUCUUAUUGAUCCCAAAUUCUGGAUGUCCGUCUGCAUCGAAAGUGCCACCCUCUUCUGCCUCCAAUCUCUAUCCAAUUUUCUCCCUGCUAUCCUAUACGGAUUUGGCUGGUCGACAAUCAAAUCUCAGUUAAUGUCGGUUGUUGUUUAUGCGUGCGCCUUUGUGGCUAUCAUUUUCUCGGCUCGUGUAUCAGACAAAACCAGUCGACGUGGCCUAAUCAUUAUCGCCAAUGCCACCGUCGCCACUCUAGGUUAUAUUCUCCUUCUCACGCUCAAACAACCGGCAGGCCGCUUCGCAGGCGCAUGUAUUGUCGCUAUGGGCCUUUACCCUAACGUGGUCAUCAAUCUCACGUGGGCUGCCAGCACGAAUAUCGGCUACACCCAUCGCGCCACUGCAACAGCACUUAUCAACUCCAUCGCUCAGGCUGUUGCCAUCAGCGGCAAUCAGGCGUACGUUGACCCACCAUAUUACCGUCGUGGCCAUGCUGCCUCAUUGGGGAUGAUCGGGUUCGAGAUCGUGGUCGCCACGACGAUGCUGUUCGUGUUGAAACAUGAGAACGAGAAGAAGAAGAGGGAGCAACAUUCCGAGAAGGCAGAAGAGGUGAGGAGGAAGCACACCAUUGAUGAUGUUGGAAACAGGCACCCUGAUUAUUUCUUCACCUUGUGA